UGGCCACGUCUCCGGGCCACGUCGCUCGGUGCCCGUUGAGCUCUCGCCAUCUUCGGUCCCCGGCUCCGGGCUCCCCUGCCUCCGCCAUGAACAUCUUCCGCCUCACCGGGGACCUGUCCCACCUGGCGGCCAUCAUCAUCCUGCUGCUCAAGAUCUGGAAGACCCGCUCCUGCGCCGGUAUUUCUGGGAAAAGCCAGCUUCUCUUUGCUCUGGUCUUCACUACCCGUUAUCUGGAUCUCUUCUCUGCAUUCAUUUCAUUGUAUAACACAUCUAUGAAGCUUAUCUACGUUGCUUGCUCAUAUGCCACUGUAUACCUGAUCUACAUGAAAUUUAAGGCUACCUACGAUGGAAACCAUGAUACAUUCCGAGUGGAGUUUCUGGUGGUUCCUGUUGGUGGACUCUCGUUUCUUGUCAAUCAUGACUUCUCCCCUCUAGAGAUCUUGUGGACCUUCUCUAUCUACCUUGAAUCAGUUGCUAUCCUCCCCCAGCUUUUUAUGAUUAGUAAAACUGGGGAAGCAGAGACCAUCACCACUCACUAUCUUUUCUUCUUGGGUCUGUACCGUGCCUUGUACCUAAUCAAUUGGAUUUGGCGCUACUAUUUUGAAGGAUUCUUUGACCUCAUAGCUGUUGUUGCUGGUGUGGUCCAGACCAUUCUUUACUGCGACUUCUUCUAUUUGUAUGUUACAAAAGUACUAAAAGGAAAGAAGCUCAGUUUGCCAGCGUAAGUGCCAAAAAUCAUCCCCAGCAUCUGUCCUUCCGGAUGCUUGGACAGAACAAUCCUUACCACAAGCAAAGGCGAAGAUGCUUGA